AUGGCUGACAAGGAAGCAGCCUUUGAUGAUGCAGUAGAAGAAUGUGUGAUCAGCAAAGAGUACAAAAUAUGGAAAAAGAACACCCCUUUUCUUUAUGAUUUGGUGAUGACCCAUGCUCUGAAGUGGCCUAGCCUAACUGCACAGUGGCUUCCAGAUGUAACCAGACCAGAAGGGAAAGACUUCAGCAUUCAUUGACUUGUCCUGGGAACACACCCGUCAGAUGAACAAAACCAUCCUGUGAUAGCCAGUGUGCAGCUCCCUAAUGAUGAUGCUCAGUUUGAUGCUUCACACUACAACAGUGAGAAAGGAGAAUUUGGAGGUUUUGGCUCAGUUAGUGGAAAAAUUGAAAUAGAAAUAAAAAUCAACCAUGAAGGAAAAGUGAACCGGGCACGGUAUAUGCCCCAGAACCCUUGCAUCAUUUCAACAAAGACUCCAUCCAGUGAUGUUCUUAUUUUUGACUAUACAAAACAUCCUUCCAAACCAGACCCUUCUGGAAAGUGCAACCCAGACUUGUGUCUUCAUGGACAUCAAAAGGAAGGCUAUGGACUUUCUUGGAACCCAAAUCUCAGUGGGCACUUACUUAGUGCUUCAGAUGACCACACCAUUUGCCUUUGGGACAUCAGUGCUGUUCCGAAGGAAGGAAAAGUUGUGGAUGCAAGGACCAUCUUUAUAGGGCAUACUGCAAUGGUAGAAGAUGUUUUGUGGCAUCUGCUUCAUGAGUCUCUGUUUGGGACAGUUGCUGAUGAUCAGAAACUUAUGAUCUGGGAUACUCAUUCAAACAAUACUUCCAAACCAAGCCACUCAGUUGAUGCUCACACUGCUGAAGUGAACUGCCUAUGUUUCAAUCCUUAUAGUGAGUUCAUUCUUGCCGCAGGAUCAGCCAACAAGACUAUUGCCUUGUGGGAUCUGAGAAAUCUGAAACUUAAGUUGCAUUCCUUUCAAUCAUAUAAGGAUGAAAUAUUCCAGGUCCAGUGGUCACCUCACAAUGAGACUAUUUUGGCUUCCAGUGGUACUGAUCACAGACUGAAUGUCUGGGAUUUAAGUAAAAUUGGAGAGGAACAAUCCCCAGAAGAUGCAGAAGAUGGGCCACCAGAAUUGUUGUUUAUUCAUGGUGGUCACACUGCCAAGAUAUCUGAUUUCUCUUGGAAUCCCAAUGAACCUUGGGUAAUUUGUUCUGUAUCAGAAGAUAAUAUCAUGCAAGUUUGGCAAAUGGCAGAGAACAUUUAUAAUGAUGAAGAACCUGAAGGAAGUGUGAAUCCAGAAGGACAAAGGUCCUAG